AUGGGUGGAUACAUUGCUAAGCUCAUUGCCACAACACCGUCAUGCAACGGAGGAAUUGGCGCCGAUGAUAUCACUGGAGAAAUCGCCAUAGUCCGGAAGAAUGGUGUGACGAGGAAUCUAGACGGAGCUCUUUAUCGAUAUGGACUAGAGCAAAAGCAGUUAAACACGCAACGUAUGGUUGCGGCAGUGAACGAGGUGAAAAAGCUGGAAGUCGAAUUAGAUCGUGCAGGGCAGAACCUCAGUCAGGUGCAGCAAAGACACAGCGAGCAAGAUGCGACAGUAACCAUGCUUCGUUCACGACUAAAAAAGGUUCGCGAGCAGUUGGCUAUCGCGAGAGAAGCUGAACGUCAACGCAAUCAAAAUUAA